AUGGACUACUCAGUGAGCAUCCCUUCAGCAGCAGGAGCAGCAGCAGCUUUCAUGCUGGUGGACAAGGAGAACACGAGCGAUGACAAGAUAUCAAUCUUCAUCCCCCACAGGUCUCCUUCCAACAAGAUCCUGCCACUAGGGUUUCAACAAAACGAGGCAUCCGAUGAUCCACCUCCAGCCUCCGCCAAGAACAUGACACUUGCACUCAUCAAGAAGUCACAACUAGUCACUACCACAGUGUUUCAAAUACCUACAACCCAUGAUGAUUCCAACGUGUUGAUGCACGCAUGCAUGCUUGAUCCAGGUGGUAGCAGAGUUCCUGGGGACAUUCCUGCUCAUCUUCACCGUGCUAUAUCAGCGAUCAUCAUGAAUGAGGCGCACGGCGGUGCGCUGGGCCUGCUCGGCGUGGCGGCGACCGCGGGGACGGCUGUGGUCGUCAUCGUCUCCUCCAUUUUCCACGUGUCUGGAGGCCAUCUCAACCCGGCGGUCAGCGUCACCAUGGCCGUGUUUGGCUACCUCCCACCAGCUCACCUCGUGACCUACGUCGUCGCUCAGCUCCUCGGAUCCACGGCGGCCUCGUUCGUGGCCAAGGCGCUCUAUGAUCCGGUGAACCUAGGCGCUACUGUCUCCACGGUGCCUAGAAUCGGCGCCUUUGAGGCGUUUUGGGUCGAGUUCAUCACCACCUUCGUCCUCCUCUUCGUCAUCACCGCUCUUUCCACCGAUCCCAGAGCAGUAAAUUCUCAAAUGCAACCGUCUAAGACAUACAAGAUUUUUCUAGAUUCAUGA